AUGAUCCGCCUCUCCCAGCUGCCGUGGGGUCUCGCGGCAGCCCUUGUCACGGCGACAUGGCUUCCCUCACACCACGUUGCAGCUUCUCCUUCUGUAGACGUCGCACUCAAGGCUGCGUUUCCUUCACCUCCGUAUCUGGUAGAGCUCCUCGAAACCGCGGCUUCCGAGAAUGCUACUGCCUACUUCCCACUACUGGACUGCAUUGCCAAGGGAGAUUUUUCCCAGGCCAAGUCCGACAAAGAGCUCUAUGAAAAGUUCCUCCAGAUUCUUCAAGAAGAUGGGCAUGUGAACCCUGAGGCGCUGGCGACCUUCAAGCUGGCUCUUUCGUUGCGGUCCGCUGCGCCCCGUGUCGAGGCUCAUUAUCAGUACUAUACCACCGCUGUUGAGCCAUAUGUAGUGGCCGACGAGGACGGAUGUGAUCUGUGGUUUCUAUACAACGGGAAGCAAUACUGCAAAGCCAGCCUCGAAGCUUCAUCGGGCCAUGUCAACAGCAACUCCCGAGAGCGUACCUUGCCUUUUGACAGACAAUUCGGUAGUGGCCAUCAGGAAAUUGUGCUCUAUGCCGACAUCACCUCCCCUGCCUUUGGGAAAUAUCACGAGGCCGCCAUGGAACUUGCUCGGAAAGGAGAGGCUUCGUAUCGGCUGCGUUACAAGAGAAGCCUUGGACAAUCAGAUGAUGCGCUCGCGGUCAACGGUUAUGGCGUUGAGCUUACGCUGAAAAGGACAGACUACAUCGUCAUUGAUGACAGGGAUACUGGUGGUGACAAGGCCACCGGAGAUGACUCCCAAAAGACCAUUAGAUCUGAUUCCGAGCUUGUCCUGGACGAGGAUGAAGAGGUCGCAGACAUCAAGCCCCUUGAAAAGUCCGAGCUUUCACCCCUCGCUGUCAAGGCGGCAUCCUUCGUUAUGCAGAGCGAAGCGCCGUUUGAUACCCUGCUUAAACUUACACAGGACUUCCCCAAGUACUCGACCAAGCUUGGAAAGCACAACGUGUCCAAGGAGUUUUUGGCCGAACAUGAGUACAACAGGCAACUGCUGGUGCCACCAGGUGCCAACGUUCUGUGGAUGAACGGUGUUCAGAUGGUAGACAGACAGGUCCAGCCCUUUGGGCUUGUAGACAUGCUUCGCCGGGAACGCAAACUCAUCAACGGUGCCCUGGACUUGGGCCUGACUGGCCAGCAAGCCGUUUCCCUUUUGGGUCAUGACGAGGUUGCCGCCGCAAAGGCCACCGAGGAAGAGCCUCGUAGGUUCGACUGGCGGGAUGAGCCCGAGGGUGGUCAGGUCAUUAUCUGGCUGAACAACAUUGAAAAGGACAAACGUUACGCCGAGUAUUCGCCGUCGGUCUGGGCUUUGAUUCAGCACUUUGGACAAGGAUUGCCUCAAGUUCGCAAGAACCUUUUCAACCUUGUUGUUCCUGUAGACUUCUCCAGGGCCGAGGAUGUCACCCUAGUCACCAGACAGCUCCUUGCUUUCAUGAAGCGAGGCAUUCCUGUCCGGUUUGGCCUUGUCCCCCUAACUCCCACAGGCGAGGCCGUAGAACAGGCAAAGGUCCUGUACCAUCUUCUCAACACGUAUGGUUUGGCUGCCAUGUCUACCUAUCUGGAAAAGUCUCUUGAAGCCUCCAGUACCGAUAAGCCCAACGAGGAUAUCUUCAAUCUGGCCAUCAAGGACCGUGAGAUUCGACCAGACCAUGAAGCGCUACCUUUCAAGGACAUUUUUGCCUCCGAGGAGUUGGAAAAGCAGGUCCACCGCGCGAAGCGCUGGUGUGAACGCCUCAGGGCUGAUACCGACAUUCCCCCUGCCUUCAUAAACGGCUUCGCCAUCCCCCGUGAAGAAGACUGGCUACGGAACAUGAACCAUAAGCUUAUGGUGGACCUCCAGAUGUUGCAACAGGCGGUUUAUUAUAACAAGGUCAAUGAUCACACCAAUGUCCCGGGCUUCUUCCUAGAGAACGCCAUUGCCCGGCGCAAUACGUUCAUAUACCCCGAAGAUGCCAACGCCGUCAAGGUCCUGAAUGUCAACAAGGUGUAUAGCGAGCAUCAACGUCUGUUCAGCAAGGUGCCUGUGGUUGACGCGGAUGACACUGCCCCCAAGGAAGACUGGGCAGUACUUACAGUUGUUACGGACCUUAAUAGCGUUGAGGGCCAGAAACUCCUUUACUUUGCGCUGCGUUUCCGACAGGAACAUCAAGGAGUUCGACUCGAUAUUGUUCAUAACCCCGCUGACCUGGCCAACUCGCCUUCCAUCAUGAAUCAGCGCGUUAAGGCCAAGGAGAGCAGUCUGCUGGAGGUUACCCGCCUUGUUGACCUUGAAACUAUCCUCGAGGAGGGCAAGCCUGAGGCGGAUCCGGAUUUUGAUGCCGACCUUGCUAGCUUCCUCUCUAGCUUGAACUUGAAGUCUGGAGACAAUAUGCUCAUCCUCAAUGGCCGCAUCGUUGGUCCUAUCGCGUCGGCAAAUGACUUCGUAAAGGAGGAUUUUGCUGAGUUCCUCCGAACGGAACGUAUGAACCGCAUCCUUCCGGUUUACAAGGCAAUCGAGGAUCUUGGACUGACUGAUAAGGUCUCUGGACCCUUGGCUGCUGCCAAGCUGACCUCGGUCACUGCUCUCUCGGGCAUCUCAGAUACUCCCCAGGGCAUAUUUGACUCUGCCCCGCCCAUCAGAACAACGGCUUAUAACAAACUAAACACCACGUACACCUCCUUCCAUGUCGGUAACCCGGAAACCGCCACGAUCUUCUUUGUUGCGGUCAUCAACCCUGCCAGUGAGAUGGGUCAGAAGUGGGCUCCCAUACUCAAGGUCCUCUCCGAACUUGAGGGUGUUCAUCUGCAAGUAUUUGUCAAUCCACAGACUGAACUAUCGGAGCUCCCCGUCAAGAGGUUCUACCGUUACGUCCUGGAAUCUGCUCCCAGCUUCGAUGAAAGCGGCAAGGUAAAAGCCUUGUCGGCGACCUUCAGCGGAGUGCCACCAGAGACCCUCCUCGUUGCCGGCAUGGAUGUCCCGCCUGCUUGGCUCGUCGCGUCCAAAGUAUCCGUCGACGAUCUCGACAACCUUCUUCUCAAGGACAUCAAAGCCAAGAGAAACACAGAGCACGUAGAAGCCAUCUACGAGCUGGAAAACAUUCUAAUCGAGGGUCACUCCCGGGAAUUCCCGUCCGGCUCACCUCCGCGCGGCGUGCAGCUCGUCCUAGCAACCGAGAAACACCCCCACUUCGCCGACACCAUCAUCAUGGCCAAUCUCGGCUACUUCCAAUUCAAGGCCAACCCAGGCAUGUACAACAUCCACCUCAUGGAGGGCCGUAGCUCCGACAUCUUCACGCUCGACAGCGUCGGCGCCCAAGGCUGGUCCCCCGUCCCCGGCGACGAAACCACCGAGGUCGCCUUGCUGUCUUUCCAGGGCGCCACGCUCUACCCCCGCCUAACUCGCAAGCCAGGCAUGGAGCGCGAGGACGUUCUUCAGGACGAGACCACAUCCCAAGACGAAUCCCUCGUCUCCAAGGGUCUUAAAUUCGCCGAGGGCCUCUUCGGAGCCAAGAAGCCCACCGAAAAGUCCAUAUCCGAGACCGAACACGCAGAAAUCAACAUUUUCUCCGUCGCCUCCGGCCAUCUGUACGAGCGCAUGCUCUCCAUCAUGAUCCUUUCCGUCAUGGAGCACACAGACCACUCGGUCAAAUUCUGGUUCAUCGAGCAAUUCCUUUCUCCUUCGUUCAAAUCCUUCCUCCCCCACCUGGCCGCCGAAUACGGGUUCAAAUACGAAAUGGUCGCCUACAAAUGGCCGCACUGGCUGCGGCACCAAUCGGAAAAACAGCGCGAAAUCUGGGGCUACAAGAUUCUGUUUUUGGACGUCCUCUUCCCCUUGAGCUUGGACAAGGUCAUUUUCGUGGAUGCAGACCAGAUCGUUCGCACGGACAUGUACGACCUCGUCAGCCUCGACCUGGAGGGGGCCCCGUACGGGUUCACGCCCAUGUGCGACUCAAGAACCGAAAUGGAAGGCUUCCGCUUCUGGAAGACCGGGUACUGGGCCAACUACUUGCGGGGCCAGCCGUACCACAUCUCGGCGCUGUACGUGGUUGAUCUGCGCCGCUUCAGGGAGCUGGCCGCUGGCGAUCGAUUGAGGCAGCAGUAUCAUACGCUGAGCGCGGAUCCGAAUAGUCUGUCGAAUCUGGACCAGGAUCUGCCGAAUCAUAUGCAGUUCCAGAUCCCGAUCAAGAGCCUGCCGCAGGAGUGGUUGUGGUGCGAGACGUGGUGUUCAGAUGAGACGCUGACGAAGGCGAGAACGAUUGAUUUGUGCAAUAAUCCCAUGACGAAGGAGCCCAAGUUGGAGAGGGCGAGGAGGCAGGUGCCUGAGUGGACGGUUUAUGACGAGGAGGUCGCGGCGUUGGCUAAGAGGGUCAAGGAGCAGGAAGACAAGAAGGCUGGGGAAGUUUUGGAGGGGAAGAAGGUUGAGGAGCCGGUGGUUGUGGAGGAGAAACAUGAGGAGGAGAAGGAGCAUGUCAUUGAUGAGUUGUAGAUCUGCAAAGCGAGGUGUCAUGGCAUGGGUGGGUGUUAGUUAUUCCUGUUCAAUGUAGCGUGCGCCUAUAGUACAUUUGAUAGAUGAUAUAUAAACCACUUCUCAAACCCU